CAAUUCUCUGCUAAUAUGUCCUCUGCAAAAUAACAGCAGUUUAGCAAGUGGUGAGAAUUCCCAAACUCAGCAAGCGGCUGAUUACCAAAACACUGACAAGUCCUUCAACCUAGGAGAAGAAAAGGACUGGGAAGUUUCAGCCGCUAAGGAAACUCUUUGGUAAGAAGAAAAAGAAAAGUUCUUCUCUUCUCCUUAAGGAAGGUAAACUAAAGCCCAGUCGUUCCAUCGGCAGUGUCUGCAGUAUCCCUGCAUCAGCACUCUCCUCCGAUGAAGAAGCAUGUGAUGAUCUGAGGUUCCUUGCUAGUAGCAUGGGAACAAGGGCAUUUUCCCACGACAGUAUCUUCAUACCUGAUGAACAAGCUGAAGAUGACCAAGAAGCUCAGGCCUCAUCGCAAGACUGUGUUGUAGGAAAAGUUAAAUCUCUCCAGCAACAACUGGGCAAAAACAUCCGUUUUGGACAACCGCCACCGAUCAAUGUUCCCGUGAAGAAAAUACAAGAUUUGGGAUCAAGCAUAGAGAAAAUGGAAGAAACACACCUCAGCCCCAUGGAGGCUUCAGGAGAAUGUGACCCAGGCCUUAUAACUGAUGGAAACAGGGCAAGAUCCCUGAGCUCCCACAGCCCACGCAAUGUUCCCGAACCAGAACAUAAGCCAGAGGAAAAGGCAACUCCUGUGAAAACUUCACGGCCAAAGCGGCCUUCAGGCACAAUUGAUUCUAUAAAUCUGGAUGCCGUUCCUCAGUCUGUUGCUCGACUAGAUAACAGUGCUGCUAAACACAAACUUUCCGUCAAGCCAAAAAACCAGAGAGUGUCAAAGAAACACAGAGGCAUGUCCCAGGAGUUCCACACUAUAGAAGACAAUGAAAAUGAAAUCACUUUAAAUAUGCAACGAUGCCUUGAUAAAGCCAUGUUCCACUCCAUGGAUAUACCCUUGCAUGAUAUAGUCAUGUCUGAUCAUUUGGAACGAAAAAUCCGUGAAACACAACAACUAUCUGAGCAAUUUCGAACUUUGGUGCCUAAGGGGGAAAACAAGAUCAAUAAAGAUCAAGAAGGCAAACAGCCAGAUCCCAGUACCAGCAGACAAGUAGUACAAGAAACUAAACAUCCUGAUGAAGAGAAGAAGUCAGAGGCAGAUAAACGGAAAGAAGAAGAAAGAAAAAGACAAGAGAUCAUUAAAAACAUAGACUUGGAAAGGCUCCAACAGAAAAUAAAAGAACAGAAUGAAAAGGAACUGAAAGAACAGCGUCGACGUGAGGAGGAGAGAAAACAGCGAGCUGAACAAAUUCUGAAAGAAUUAGAAGAGCAUGGAAGACAAGAGGAGCAGAAGCAACGUGAGCUGGAGCAGAAGAAAACACUUAGACUGGCAGAGGAACAAAAGAAACGGGAGCUGGAAAUACAAAGAGCACUUCAGAUAGCAGAAGAGGAAAGAAAACAGGAAAUGGAGAAGCAUAGAGCUAUUCAGUUAGUGGAAGAGCAGAGAAAACGUGAACUAGAGCAAAGAGCCAUUCAGAUAGUGGAAAAGCAGAGGAAAUAUGAACAGGAAAAACGGGAGACCCGACAGAUAGGAUGUGACUUAGAGGAGUGGGGAGCACUUCAGAAAGCAGAAGAGCAGAAACAACUGGAUGUGAAAACGGCUCUCCGGGUUGCACAAGAGCAGAAAAAAAUUGAACUUCAACAGGAGAAAGACCUUCAGAUAGCAGAAGAACAUAGAAAACAUCAGUUAGAGCUAAAACAAACACUCCAGAUCAUGGAGCAGCAGAAAACACAGGAACUGGGAUUACAGAAAGCAGAAGAGCAGCAAAAAUCUGUUCAGAUAGUGAAACAAAAAGGGCAAGAAGUUUUGGAGAAGAAGGCUUCCCAGAUAGCCAAGGAGCAGCAAUUACAGAAACCAAAAAGCCAAAGUCAGCAAGAAUUAGAAGACAUCAAAGUCCAGCAGUGUAUAAAAGAGGAACUGAGAACGGAUAAUCUAAAUAGGAAAAAGCCAAACUUUCAAGAAAAAGAAUUUUUACGGAAGAAAGAACAACCAAUAUCUGAGGACAUCAAGGGACCUAUCCCAGAACAUCUUUCUCCUCUGCAUACAGAAGCUGUCUCAGCAGAGAAAGAUCUGCCCGAAGAACAAAAAAUGGAGGUGGAAGUUAAAGAAGAUGAGGAAGAACUGAAGCAGAUAAAACAAAAGGAAUUAGAAUCUCAAGAGCAGGAAAGAAUUAACCAACUAAGAUGGCAGGAACUUGACCAAAAGCAGAGGCCAUUUACAUUUAAAGUCACAUCAGGUGAAAAGCAAAUUAUAUUUGAGAAAGUCAAUUUAUCUCCAGUUACUGUACCAAAAGAGCCAGUAAUAUUCCCAGGAACGCAAGAUGCAAAAGAAAAUAAGGGCACCAUUAGUUCACACUCUCUUUCAUCUGCUCAAUGCAUACCCCACACUGCCAUUUUGGUAACAGGAGCACAGCUUUGUGGCACAGCUGUUAACCUACAUCAGAUUAAGGAUCCUGCUUGUAAGUCUUUACUGGGUCUCAAUGAAGAACGAAAAUUAGAUAUAACAGAAAACAAAAUGCAGAACGAAAAGGACACUACUAAACAUGUCAGCGGUAAGACAAAGUAUACAUCAGAAGCAUUAGACAAUCAGUCAUUCCUAGCGGAAUGGGCUUCCAUUAGGUCAAAAAUGCUAAGCAAAGCUGAAAAUGUAAAUGUUGAUGAUAACCAAAGUGGUCCACCUGCCUCUGUUGACGAUAGGAUGGUCAAGGGCAAAAGUGAUUCCCAUAGCAGCUUACGGAAGACAAUGUCAGCUAUUCCUAAGUUUUCAAUAACACCUGCAUGGCAGAAGUUUCCAGAAACUGGAAAAUUAACAGAAAUUAGUAUUGAGGCCUCAAUAAAACCUUCAACCAAGGAAAAUAUAGCAGUAUUGCCUGACAGCACACCUCAGGGCAAGACUGCAGAGAGGACAAUCAUUGUUCAGGAAAUGGUGACCAGAAUUAAAAAACAGGUUACAAUUGAUGGGAAUGCAGAGGGUUGGAUAUUUUCCAAAGAUCUUCCAUCCUUCUUGGUUCCUAACCCACCGCAAUCUCCUCGUCGGGGGUAUUUGGAAGGGCAAAUGUCAGUGGAGACAAAAAUAAAUAAUGGCACUGUGAAAAUAGAUAAAUUCUUGCAAAGUACAGAAGACAAAAUCUCACCAUUUGGGAUCAAAUUAAGAAGGACAAACUACUCAUUAAGGUUUCAUGCUGAUCCACAGAAUGAACAAAGAAGGAAAAAACGAUAUAGUGCCGGGGACAGUUUUGAGGGGGUCCCUGCCCCAUUAACUCCAACAGAUGAAACAGAAAUUAGGACUAUAACCAAGAAAGAACUUUUAGGGUCACCUGUGAAGAUGAAGAAAGAUAACCUUACUAAGGACUUAGUAGAUACCUCAAGCAGUGCAAUUGAAAAUGUCCAAUUUACAGCCCCCUCAUUAGUAUCAGGAUCAAGUCCCCAUGUGUCAUUGCCUAUUAAAGACAGAGACAGAGUAGUUCCUACAUCACCAGUUAUACAAAAACCAUCCCUUGCUCCAAAACCUGCCAGCCCAACUCCACCAUCCUCUCCACUUUCCCAUCUAGGGAGAACAAAUGUGACUGACCUACAUGGACAACGGUUGGAAAAAAAUGAGAUGGAUAAAGAAACAGUUGGAGAGAUGAAUUUCAUAUUAUCUUCUCCAAAUCAUGAUGUUGUUCAGCAAGACAAAGAAGGACUGUCAUCUGUUUCUGGGAGAGAGAAGACAGAAAAAAGGGCUAAGAAAAUUGGAAAAGACAGGCCUGUCCUUCAGAGUCGACAUUCUUUAGAUGGCUCCAGGUUGAUGGAGAAAGCUGAUCCUGCUCAGCCUCAAUGGAUUACACUCGCUCUACAGAAACAGAAAGGAUUUCGGGAACAGCAAGCAUCCAGGGACGAGAGGCGGCAAACCAGAGAGGCCAAACAAGUAGACAAAUUGACAAAAGAAAAUGUAAAUAAAAUUAUUCCACCCACUGUAUACACUGGGGAGUACCGGGGAAGAAGUGGCUCACUCCAGAAACCGCUGCCGCAGGAAGAGAAGAAAAGUGACACAGUGGUGACCAGACUACAACGUAGAGAACAGCUGCAGAAAUCCAACACUCUUCCAGCAUCCGUCACAGUGGAGAUCACAGAGACUGUCCCAGUAUCUCUUGCAAAGGACCUUCCGAAGAGAUUCUCCACUCCUGAUGCCUCUCCAGUGUCCUCUGAACCAACAUGGCUGGCAUUAGCCAAGAGGAAAUCAAAAGCUUGGAGCGACUGUCCACAAAUUAUCAAGUAGAUCAUCUGUCUUAGAUGCAUAGACUCUUAGAUGUCCGUAUAUUUUCUCUGUGUUCCACUAUAUGGAUGACAGACAUGCACAGUGAUGGAAGUUCUUUGAGGUCUUACUCAAGGACUAUUAAUAUAGUAUUUAUUAUUUUGGUUAAAUGUGAACAAGUAAAUAACCUGAGUUUAUGAUAUGGUGAGCAGGGGAAAGUUAUCUUCUAUAGGGCUAUGAAAUAAUAUCCUGAGCAAAUAACCGUGCUUGUGCUUUGGAAUCAAUGAAAAGAGCUCACUAUGCCUCUGACUCCACACAGAAAUAUACUGCCUUCAGGUUCCCUUUGGGCUUGUGUAUAUUGUUGAUUAUAGGAAAAUGACACAGAUUAGUUUUUAUCUUUGUUAAAAUAUAGGUGUCAACAACUGCACAAAAUGAUGUCUUCUAUGGACCAAUAUGGCCAAUACAGUUUUGCACUUUUUCUUUAUACUCCGUUCAUAUUUUGCACAGAAUGGUUGUAUGUGCCUCUGCUACACUGCUGUUGACUAUAUGGUGGGUUUAUAAUAUUAUUUCCAGUCACUGUUGGACUGACCAUUAAACCUACAAAAUAAAGUGGUCCUCUAACCCUAGGAGGACUCUUUCAGCAUGCUU